UUGCAGUGGCUAAAGCAGUGGGUGGAUUUGGUUGUAAGACGGACGGUAUUCAUCGUCGCACACCGGAAAUCAUGUUGUGUUUACUUCUGUCUUGCAUACUGUAAAGAUAUGCCCACACGUGCGCCUGACAAAACGAGCACUUGAGCAUGAAAAAAUGGACGAAGAACAUACUAAUGACUACAGGGAACCCUGUGUACAGUGUUCUGAAGUGGACUGGGGCAUCACAGAGGAGGGCCAAUUCUACUGCAGAUCCUGUCAUAACGUGAUUGAGAGAACCCAAGAAUUUGUGGAUUCAAGUUUCUUUGCCAACAGUCAGUCCUCUACCAUCGCCAAGGGUACCAAAAAAGAGACAAAAUUAGAGCAUGGUCACGAGUGGCUGGUCUGUGAGGGCUUUCAGUUCAUCCUCAAACACCAGGCAGAGGCCCUCCUUGCCUUGGGAGUCUGUCCGCAGUUCAAGGACGAGGUGUUGUGCAACAUGUGGAGACGUUAUCUGCAGAAGAGUCGACAGGCCUACGCUAAGAGACCAGUGCAUGCUGGGAAAUUCCAAUUGGCCUAUGACUCAGACAGUGCCCCGGAGUCGCCGGGCUUCCUGAGUGACUCCGCCUUGCAGUCUGGGGGGGACACAGAGGAGGAGAGGUCCAGCAGGCCCGGUUCCAUCUCAGGCUGGUCCAGCGAGGGGGCCGCCUCGGUGUGCUCGGGCUCUCUGGACGCCGGGUUCUACGGCUCCGCCCACUCCAGGAGGGCCCUGUUCCAGAUGACCAUGCCCAUGACCCUGGCCCUCUGCCACCUCGCGCUGCUGUGGGUGCGAGAGGCUCUUACCCUGGCCGACCUGCUCCGGUUCGUGGCAGGGGGUCACGUCCCGUACGUCAAUGCCUACCAGGGCUUUCCGGAGGAGAUGAAGCCGUACGGGAGAGACAUCGGCGUGUUCAGAGCGCUGUCUAUUCCCGCCCAUAAUCUGGUCCAGAAGGAGGCCCACAGGCUGGCCGUGUUCCUGGGCCUCCCCCGCUUCCCUCCCAUAACCCCGGACUGCCUGCUCCACCCUUCCACGCUCUGCCUCCGGUACCUGAUGGAGGCCAACCUCCCAGACGAGCUGCAUGAUUGGGUGAGCAGGGUGAUAGAGAAGACUGGGUUUGGAGCAGAGGCUUUGCUGACCUAUGACCCCAAGGAGCGGAGACGCCAGCUCCGCUGCCACGACGUCCUGGCCGCCGCCCUCAUCAUAGUCGCGAUGAAGCUGCUGUUUAAGCUGGACGACAAGGUGGAGUGGAUGUUAUCCAAGAAAGCAGGUGACAAAAGCAAGGAAAACCAAGGGAACACCUGCUUCAGCUUGCAAACGUGGUACGAGACGGUCCAUCAUGCCUUGGAGUUGGCCCGACAGAGGGAGGAGGAAGAAAUGGCCAAACGGACAUGGAAACCACGCAAACCUUUGUAUCCCUCCAAGAAAUUCAAGUCUGUCAUCCUCAAGCGAAGACGUGUGGUGGAAGAGCUGCAGGCUAACUUCCAGAAGCUGUCUGGCUCUGGCCCUGGCGCCCAGCCCCGCUCCCCCACCAGCUUCCUCUUCCGCUGGGGUGAGGAGGGCACAGACGGGCCCAGCUUCCGCCAUCAGACAUUGGACCAUGUGACACAGGAGAGGGGCGGGGCCUCACACCUGUCCAAUCCCCAGUACUGGCACACUGCACUACGAAAAUGUUACCCCGGCCGUUGCAGUGACCAUUUCCCGGAGGUGGAGCCCACCCUGCCCAGGUCCUACGUGUGGGUGCUGGGCUUCUUCUCCUUCCUGCUCGGGGUGAAGGAGGGCCGUGUGCACAGGGAGGUCUGCGGCGUGGAGAGACGGCUCAUUAAAAGCAGGCCGCCAGCCGGACCGGGAGGGAGGAGAAGGAGAACGGCUCGGCCGGACGAGUAGACGGGGGUUCCUCGGCGAAGACCGCUCCUGCCUGGACGACAUUCGAGAUCUCUGGACGUGCUCGCUCGCGUUUCUGUUGCCCACUGCUUGUACAGACUCUCAGGCACUGGUGUCAAACUCCGGUCCUGGAGGGCCAAAGCGUCUGCUGGGCUUUUGGGGUGUUCUUGGCACCAGUGGUUCAUUCAAGUCUUCGAUUGGCUAAAGAAUCCCCACACCUUGUUCUCAAGGCCUUAAUUGGCAGCUGAUUGGAAGGAAACCACAAAAGCCCGCUGACACUGUGGCUGCCUGGGAAUUUAGUUUGACACCCCUGCUCUUAGGGAACUCACUGAAAAAGGAUGACAGUAUUCAUCUUCUGCAGAUCUGUAUUUAUUAUUUUUUGAUGUGUAAUGAUAUCAAUAAAGCUUUAUUUUUAUGUAA